AAUCUCUAUCACCUUAAUGUUCUGUUGGACCAUUUACAAUUACACACUUAAAAUUUGUGUUUAUUAAAUGUCUACAUUAAUGGAGAUUAUUUCACAAAUAUCACAAACAUAAUACAGGACAGUUACUUAAAUAGGCCUACUUGUCAUGAAAUUACUUUAAUUUAGCUUCUUUGGUAUAUAUUUAUAUACUUUAGAAUUAGACAUUUUAGAAUUGUUUUUUGCUAUUGCAACUGCUGUUUUGUCAAUUAAAAGAGAUGAUGUUUAAAACUGACAGUUUUUCUUUUUUACUUGUAGUGACAACUAAAAAGAAAAACUGUUCAGUUCAGCAUCUGUCAUUUUCAGUGAGCUCUGCAUUUGCCAAUAAUUCUCAAUAAUAAUAAUAAUCAUAACUACAUCUUAAGUAAUGUAGAUCCAUUUCUAGCAAAGUUAAAUGUCCACCAUUGUCUUGUGAAUUAGUCUCAUGUUCCAAAAGCAAAUUGUCAAUGCCUAAUAUACUCUUAGCACAGAGAACAUUGGACCUUUUGGGAUAACCUUAAGUUGGCUUAUGAGCUCAUAUUACUGUAUGUUGUAAAGUUAAUCGUCGGCAAAACGGUAACGUUAGUAAACGAGUCGUCCCAGAGAACCGACAUUAGUAACGUCAAGUGGAAUUUGGACUAUCAUUUAGCUAGCUAUUCUUCGGCACUAACGUGGUGAUCCACUCCAUUAGCACAUAUAGCAUCAACAACUAUAAAUUCAUUGUAACACUACUCAGGGUGUCCAGGCCAGGUCAGACCAUAGGGUCAGACAAGUCAGACGAUUAACUUAGUCCGUUUAGUAUGUUCAGUAAGUAUGCAUGAGUUUGGGGCCCCCUGGUGGCUACGGGGUCCUUAGCAGCCGCUUAGUUGGAAGAACAGGGACAGAUGGUGUUAUUUAAACUGUGUCGACUCGACGUCUGCUCCACACAGAUAGAGCUGCGCUAGGUUUGUAUUCAGCAUUUGCUUUUGCGAGUUUUAGGUUUUACGUGGAGUUUGUCACCAAAAUGUGUGACCUGUCAGAUUCUGUGACCCAAACGGCAAGUUAAGCGCCAGAGGCUUUGUUGACGGUGUGAAGCUGUUGCAGUUUGGUGGGUUUAGGUACCAAAAGUACUUGGUUAUGGUUAGGAAAACAUCGUCGUUUGGGUGUAGUCACAGAAUGUAAUAGGUAACAGAUUUUGGUGUUAGAGAAACGUUGGACCCGACCACUUCCGAGGUAAUUGAAAUACGUGUUUGAGCCCGUGUUAAUCGAGUGACUGUCGUGUUGAGCUCGUGUUACUCAAGUGAAUCGCUUCAGGAGCCUGAAUGGCGAAUCGCUGCAUUGUACCAAACUGUAGCAGCGGCAAAAGGGAGACCAACAGACCGGGUCUUCAUCGCCUCCCUUCGGAUGCUGCCCGCCGUGCCGACUGGCUGCGGCUGAUAAAGAACCCGAAGUUCAAGCCGGACACCCCGCCGCAAAAGUUGAAGGAUCUCCGGGUCUGUAGUAUACACUUCAGAGAGGAAGACUUUGAUGCAGCCUUCAGGAGACUGAAAAGUAACGUUAGAGUUAAACCAUCGAUAUUUGGGAGUGCGGAUGGUGAGAAGGCAGGAGCAGCUAGUGGAGACUGCGGUGAUACAGAAUCUGAUCCCGCACCAGCAGUUGAAUCGGCCUCCGCAUUUGACCAGGAUGACAGUAGGCCGAGGAGCAGAGUGGAGGACCGGGACCAGUUCCCGAGUUCCCACUCGGCGACUGACAUUAAUUUGUCCGCAUCGGAGGAGGACGAAGCUGACGACUGCGAAGAGAAAACAGCGAGCUCGAACGCAGCACCUGGCCGGUUUCUACGGCAACGCCUGACAACAGAGAGGAAGAUGGUUUACAUCACAGAGGACAUGAUCCGCCGACGGGCCGAGCACAACGAGUGUGAGAUCUUCUCCUUGGAGGAAGUUUCUCUGCAUCAGCAGGACAUCGAGAGGAUCGAACACCUUGACAGGUGGUGCAGGGACCUGAGGAUCCUCUACCUGCAGAACAACCUCAUCCCCAGGAUAGAGAAUCUCAGUCGCCUGAAGAAGCUGGAGUAUUUGAAUCUGGCCUUAAACAACAUUGAAGUCAUUGAAAAUCUUGAAGGCUGUGAGAGCCUCCAGAAGUUGGAUCUGACUGUGAAUUUUGUGGGCCGUGUGAGCAGCGUGGAGUCUCUGAAACACAACGUCCACCUCACAGAGCUGUUUCUGGUGGGGAACCCCUGCACUGAGUUUGAGGGCUACAGGCAGUAUGUGGUGGCCUCUCUGCCUCAACUCAAGCGGCUCGACGGGACGGAGAUCAGUCGGUCGGAGAGGAUUCGAGCCUGUCAGAGACUGGAGGAGGUAAAGAGGCAAGUCUGGGAGCAGGAGAAGGAAUACCUGAAGAGGAGAGCCAUGGAGAAAGAGGAGGCACAAAGGAAGGAAGCAGGAGAGCAGAAAGGAAAUGAGGAGAGGAAACCAGGCUUUGAUGGCCGCUGGUACACUGACAUCAACAACACAGUUCCAGGGUUGGGGGAGAAUAAGGAGAACCAGGAGGGGGAGGAGAAGCCGAACACAAUGAGCCCUGACUUAGAUGAUGAGCGGCGGGAGAGAGAGUUCUGGCACACGCCGUGUUCUUUCACCCCAGAAUCUCGUCUAGAGGCUCACCACCACCUGGAGGAGAAGAGGAAGGCAAAGGAGAAGGAGAAAGAGAAGAAGCCGAAGGCCCCGAGGACGCUGAUCACUGCUGAUGGAAGAAUCAUGAACGUCAAUGAGCCCAAGCUGGACUUCUCUAUAAGUGAAGAUGAAGAAGACAACACAAUCGUCUUAGACCUGGCAGUGUACAGACACUUGGACACCUCAUUGAUAGACGUGGAUGUUCAGCCAACGUACGCUAGAGUCGUCGUCAAAGGAAAGAUAUUUCAGAUGGUUCUGCCUGCUGAAGUAAAGCCCGACAGUUCGACAGCUCACAGGUCCCAAACCACCGGACACCUGGUCCUCACUAUGCCCAGGGCUGAAGGUGAAAUCAAAGUGACAAAGACCAUCCCACAUCCGCCCAGAGCAUUUCAAAGCAGACGCAGCAACUCGUCUGAGCACAAUGAAAGGGGAAAAAAAGGUCCCCAGAGACUGGAAGUGGACCCCAGCAAGUACACAGCCAUCGACCUUGCCAACAUCGUGCCACGGCAGAGCACCAAAGAGUGUCCGCUAGAAAUGUCCAGGUUGCCUCCACCAACCACCACAGGUCAUAGCAGCUUCUCUGAAGGGUUUGUGGACGACCCUGAUGUCCCCCCACUGAUAUAAGACAGAGAAAUAACACUGACCAAUAAGGAUGGACGCCGCUUGUUUCUGAGGUGGAAACUUUCAAGUAAAAGGCAGAUAACUGGGCAGCUUUGAAUGCUUGUAUUAUACAAAUAAUUUGUAACAUUAAAACAUAAAGAUCUGCA